CAAAGUCCCGAUUGACAAUCCCUCCACCUUCAACAUCACUGACGCCCCAAAUACGACCAACGAACGUCAUCCGUCCUCUACCAUAAAUCCCCAGAGCAAUUGCCCACCAUGGCAUCGCACAGCGACUACAACGAUAACAAGACUUCGGCCAAGGAGAACGCCGCUGGCGUCUAUGCCUACGGCCAGCGACAGAUCAAUCGGGUCGUCAGCUCCGACACCAGACAGAGAGCGUACGGCAACGCCUACAACUUUGCUCAGGAGCAGCCAUUCCUCUUUGCCUUCAUCCUCUGCCAAUUCAUCUUUUCCUUCCUCCCAAUCCUCGUCUUCGUAUCCUUCUCCGCCUCGACCAUCGCCUUCGCUCUCGGUGCCGCUAUCGUCUUCUCCCUCUUUUGGAUUGGCAUUGCCCUCCUUGUACUCGUCCCGAUCCUCUUCUUUACCUGCUCGAUUGGUGUUCUCGUUUGGAUCUGGGCUGCCGGCAGCUUCGUCGUCGCGAAGCGUCUAUAUGAAAUGUCGCCGAUCCGGGCCAGGGGUGAUCUUGAGGUAGAUGCUCCCAACGGGAAGACGUAUGCAGUCACCAAACGCGAGGAUGGCAUUCAUACACAUGCCCACAACUAAAUUGGGUCGGUUGUGUAAGACCAUAUAUGUACUAGGUAUCACCACACUGCGACGAUUAACGGCCGCUUUGGCGUUGGGAAGGGUACGGAUAUCAGGAAUGGGUCUGGGAAAAUGGAGUCUUUCAAAAGGG